AGGGUACUUUUUUUUUAACUCGGUAUAGCAGCGCUGUUUGAGGAAAUAAUCGUUGAAAAUAAGUGUAACAUAGUGUAACAUAUCUGCCAUACAUCUCUGGGAACGAAACUAAACAAAACAAACAAAAAUCUAAUUUAAAUGGCAAUUAAAAUCUGAAGAGCAUGUCAAUUUACACCGUUAAAUUACUUCUGCACACACAAGACGUACAUAAUGGAACAGAGGAGCAGCCACCUGUCGUUCUGGAGUGUAACGAGGCUCAGCAACCAGGUGGUGAAUCCAGAGGCCACACUGCGAGGCGGAAAGCACUUCCCGAUGUGCAGUCGCUAGGGACACCACCAAAGAAACCAACGAGGCCUGCACACGUGGAUCUCAGCCAAUUCCUCUCUUCAGAAAUGAUCACACCUUCUUGCAGGGCAACACAUCCUGAAGACUUUGAGAAGAAUUCAUCUCCAAAUAAUGAUGCUGUGGAUCCUGGAAUUUAUGAGGAAUAUGAAGGAGAUGCAUUGUAUCAAGAUGUAGAAAUAACUCAACUUGAAAAGGAUGCUGAGAACAUCACAACGACUAAAACUGGAAUCCAAGAUCAGGUCAAGAACUCGGCUGAAAAGAAAAGCUUCUUGUUUGAAAAAUGCAGCAGCAAUGAACAAGCAGUGAAAAAGAAAGAGAAGGAAGAAAGGCAACACCUCGAGAAGGAGAAGAAGAAACAGAAAGAAAAAGAAAAGAAAGAGAAUGAAAUCAAAAAAAGGUUUAAGAUCACCGGAUUUGAAGACACAAUGUACCGUGCAGAGGUGAAGGAGGAAAGUAAAGGAGGGAAGAAUGACCUGGCAGUAAAGCAGGGCGAUGUGGUGGACCUCAUCAGGACCACUAAAUGUCCUUCUGGCAAGUGGCUUGCGAAAGACUGUGACGGAAACUAUGGCUACAUCUCUGUAACAGCCCUGGAGAUGGAUUUUAAGGAAAUUCAUGAAAUUGGAAAGAGGGUAUCAACAGCAAUGGGGCUCCAUCCGUCUGACACAGAGGAAAUCGUUAAAGGAGACAGGUCAACACCCUUGUUCAAUUCUAUUUUAGACACAUCAGAUGGCUUUGACGAUAUUUAUGAUGACGUUGAAGCUGAACAAAAGGAUUCACAAGAGAAGUAUGAAAAGCCUAAAAAGUUGGCAAAUCUUUUUCUCAAAUAUAAAGAUUACAUUGAAAAGAAGAAAAUGGAGAAACGGGGAUUGCCUGUUGAAGAAACUGAAAGAACUGAAGAUGGAAAUGAAAAUGAUAUUUAUGAUGAUGCUGAGAUGGAGAAGAAGGACUUGCCAAGCAAUAAAAUGGUGAAUAUUUUCCACAAAAUAAAAGUAAACAAGGAAAAGAAGAAAGAAAAAGGUGAAACUGAAAGAGCUGAAGAAGGGCAAGGAAACCGAUAUAUUGAUGUACCCUCACACAACAGAGAGAGGACUGGAGGCUUGUUCAAAUUCAAAAAUCCCAAUGCAGAUGAAGAGAAGUCGAAGGAAAAUACAAUUUUCAGGGAUGAGAAGGAGUUCAGGCAGAAGUUUCAGUACACCAAGGAGAUUGAAGUUCAGAACACAGUGGUGGUGAACAGCAUUGUUGUGCAGAGUUCUCCCAGUGACCUCAAUCUCGCUAUCAAACCAGGAGAGCAGCUGGAUAUUAUCGACGUGAUCAAGGAUGACAAGAUUAUUUGCCGGAAUAUGAGGGGCAAAUAUGGCUAUGUCUCCAUAGAAAACAUUGCCUACAGCUAGCAGUACUCAAGCCAAGAACCAAUGAAAAAUAUUCUGUUUCCAAACUUGACUAGCUCAUAUGGUGCAUGUGAUCAUUUCUAAUGAAUCUGUGCCAAAGACUUGUAAAGCACUUACUGCUGUAAUUAUGAUCUAAUGAGUAAUAAUGGUAAUUAUAAACAACAUUGUGUUAGUUUUUUUUGUUUUUUUUGUUUUUUUUAAACAAUAGAUGGAUCAAUCACAGCAUAGGUUACUAAGGACCAAAAGGACAUUUUCACACUGAGAAACCAACCAUCAUAUUUAGGAGUUUUCUAGCAGUCUCUUAUAGAAUCGGUUCUGGUUCUGGUCCUGUGCGUGAAGUAGAAGAAUGACUGAAAACAGCCACAUUCAUUUUUAU